UUGUGUUGCGUGACAUGGCCAAACUUCCUUGAUCAUUAUGUGCAUGACAGCAGAUGUCUGCAUAGAUAUCUACUUCAUUAGAAACAGAGAAUUAAUUAUAACCGUUUAUAAAUAUUCUCUUCUAAAUUGAUAACAAAAGUUGUUGAGCAAUUUAAAAAUGCAGCAAGUAGUAUUUAUAUUUGUCUUCUGUGUCUGUUUCGCAUGUCAUAUAACGAUUUCCGUUGGAAACAGUUCAGAUGUUAGGCUGGAAUCUAAGAUUGAUACCAUCAAAGCACAGCUUGAUCGCAGUCUUUUCAUACUUGAGAAAGACUUCAAACAACAGAAUGUUGCUCUGAGGAAAACAAGCCAACAAAGCUCCUGGUAUGCAAAUACACGUUCAUGGGGUAACAAUCAAUGCUGUGCAACUGACUAUGCGAACGAUGGAAAUCCAACCACAUUCUCACAUACUGAACUGGAAAACUUACCAUACUGGUGGGUCGAUCUUGGACAUGUGUAUGAUAUAAAGCGAAUUGAAAUAAAAAACCGUGUAAAUUAUGGUGACCGUCUACGUGACUUGGAUAUCACAGUUGGGCCAACAUUGAAAGAAAUGUCCUUAUUUGCACACUAUAAAGGUCCAGGAAAGGAUAAUGAGCUACUUGUUUUCCGUUGGAACCACCAAAUGAGUGGCCGUUAUGUCAAAGUGACCAUGAAAGGCAGGGGAUACCUACAGUUGGCAGAAGUGAAGGUUUUUGCACCCGAAAUAUACGAAUAAUUUGUAAGAAUUAAACUCUGAUUUACUGAU